AUGUCAGAAAAGAAGGCUGAGAAGCUAAUCGGAUGUGGGCAGUGGAAGAACGACGCAUCGCGGUUUUCGGACGAAGGCUCAUCCACUGAUGAUAAUGACUCCUUCAUUAGUGUGAUCUCUCACAGUGACAUGGAUAUUUCAAAGAUCUCGGCGCCGCUUACAUCGAUGCUGCCCCACGAACUGGAUAGCAUUGAUCAGAAGAUACAACAGCUGGUUUAUAUAAAUCAAACCGAUAAGAACUAUCAUUGCGCAUUGCAAGAUAUACGCGAUCAAAGCAUCGUUUCUAUGAUAUUCGAGCCAAGCUUUUAUGGACAUCACCAGAGGACAUCCGUCAUCGUGGUUGCGACGGCCAACAACACCUACAUUUUUGAUAUGCAGGCAUUAUAUGUCGUAUUUAAGGAUUUGCGCAAAUUGCUAGAAGCAGAUCAUCCCCGGAAAAUUGUCCACUAUAGCCAUCGAAUAUGUAACCAACUACUUUCUGUGCAUAAUGUUAAACUGGGAGGUAUCUGUGAUACAUUUGUGGCGCUGUGCAUCGCAAGGAAGCAAAAUAAACCUUCAACCUUGACUGAAGCAAUUGCGUUGGUUCUUAAAGUGUCAUUAACCGAACCAAACGAGAUAGUCGAGUCACGGCGCCUUUUUAAAGCUCGACCCCUGUACCAAUACCAGCUGGAUUAUCUGGCUAAAUUGGCAUUAUAUCAAGAGAAACUACACGAUCGGCUUUUAUACGAAGUUGUGUGCGAAAAAAUGCUGCGCAUGACAGAGGAAUUUAGUGAAAGUUUCGAUCAAAUCGAACUUAGUUCGGACAAAAUGCUGGGCAUGCAACAACCGAAUGAUAAAGGCAUUUAA